AUGGCCAACCAAACCUCGAAUUUUGACAUUCAAACACUUGCGAACCUCGUUAAUCAGGUUAAUCAAUUGCAAUCGGCAGCAAAUCGAGCGAACACAAGUCCGAUUAUGGAUCCAAUGAGUCCGUAUUUUCUGCAUCCUGGUGAGAGUCUAGGAACUCCUUUAAUUUCUGUGAUUUUAGGUCACAGUAACUAUCAUGCUUGGGAGAGAGCUAUGUGUAGAGCGUUGAGAUCUAAAAAUAAACUGAAGUUUGUUGAUGGAACUUUAGUAAAACCAUCAGAGGAUGAUUCACUGUUUGAUGCAUGGGAUAGAUGCAACACAUAUGUGGUGUCUUGGUUGAAUUUGUCUUUAAGUCCAGAGAUAGCACACAGUGUAGUGUGGAUGGAUGUUGCUGCAAACAUAUGGCGUAGUUUGAGACAUCGCUAUUACCAGGGAGACUCUUUCAGAAUGGCUGAGUUACAAGAAGACUUGUUUGGAAUAAGGCAAGGAGACCUGAACAUUACUGCAUACUUUACCAAAUUAAAAGGAAUUUGGGAAGAGUUAGAUAAUUUUCGCCCAAUUCCAUCAUGUAAGUACUGCACUGGAACUUGUGAUUGUGGUUUAGAUGUGAUGAGGAAUUACCAAGAAGAUACCAAUGUAAUGAGGCUCCUCAGGGGACUAAAUGAUCAGUUUACCGUAGUGAGGUCCCAGAUCAUGUUGAUGAAGUCGCUUCUAACGGUAGAUGCAAUCUUCUCACUUUUGUUACAGCAAGAGAGACAAAAUGCAGAUAUCAUUGAAGGAAAAGCAUUGAUAACCACGGGUGACACUAGAGCCAAUCAAGGCUUUAACCCUCAGAUCAAUAUGGCCACUAGAGGAGGUAGGAGCUUUAGAGCCAGAGGGGGUAGAUUAAAUGGAAGAGGAGGCAGAGGUCAAACUUACAAAUAG